UUGUUACACAUUUAGAUUAUUUAAUAUCCUUAAAAUUAUUUACAACAAUCUUGGAAAUUGACAGAUGACGUAGGAAAGAUUAGUAAAACCAAACAAAACUCUAUCUUGUCAAACUUCGCAUACAUUCAUAUACUUCACUACAUUCAAUGCUCUGCAUUCAUCCAAUAUUUCCCAUUCAUAGAAGAACCUAACCUACCCAUUCAAAAAUCCAUAUAUUCAUAUCUGGAAAACCAAUCUAUUCAAAGAUUCAUUUAAGAAUCCAUUUAUUUAUUCGGAAAAUUCAUUUACUGCAGAACUCAUCUGUUUACAUCAACUUUACAGAACUGUAUAAGCAUUUAGACAUGAAACUCAAGGAUCGUGGAUGUUUAUAAUCUUUUCGAACACCCUUUAUAUAGUCGCGGUCAAGUCAUGCAACGCAAUACGCCGUAUACAUCACGUCCAAUCACGCACGCUUCAUUAAGUAAACAAUGCACGCAGAUUUCCUUGUAAUCUUCCAAGGGAAGCACGUUGUUCAGGAAACAAUUGAAGUUCAGUAAAGCGAAGUUUAGAUUAGAAGUACAAACAUAACGAUGCUCGCCGAGAAACGCGAUGAACGCGAGCGACGGUUACAUUAAUAACUCUAUUACCUCAUUUUAUUUUGGACGUUCGACGGCAUCUGCCUGGAAUCUACCUCAAGCGACACUUUCAACCGUAAACAUCGAAAGGAACUGGUAUAUAAUUUCUCGUGAAUUUUAUUGUCGACGCUGUCGACAAUAAACAAGGACGCUUACAUCUCUAACCGCAAUCUCCAAAAAAGGUGUCGAAUUGUUUGUGUUUCGCUCCUCCACAGCUUGGAUUCAGCUCUAAUUCGGGAAGAGAAAGGUAUAUGUGCCAUGUGCACGGCGCAUCAUUGUACGCUCCCCUCCUCUCUGGUUGCGCGCGAUAAGCGGAAAUUCAAAAAAUACGCACCUCUCUCCCGCACAUUAUUAAUGAUGCCGAGAGAUUAAGCUCUUAUCAGUGUCACGCCAAUGUAGCCGGUGAUUAUUUCUCGUUGUGAACAAGAGUAUCGUGGUAGAUCGCUUGUUCUAUCGAAGGUAAACUUGGCAUAUCCUGUGAAAAUGGACCAAACGACAAAAGGCAAGAAUAGUAAUGACAAGCCGGCUGAAAAUAAUACACAAUCACAUAAUGAAAGAUCUUUGGAACUUGAUAGGCAACAGCAAUCCCUGCUACCAAAAGCGAGCGGAAGUACAGCCAGACAAAUUAGAGAAUAUGUUCCAAGGUCUGGCAUAAAAAAAUAUAAUAACGCCCUGAGCAACUUGAUACCAGUACGAUAUCAAAAGGAGAAAAAAGAGAAUUCACCAGCGGAUAAUGCAGGAUUAUUUUCUUACGUGUAUAUAACAUGGAUGACACCGUAUUUACGUAAAGCUUAUAAGAAAGGACUCACGAUAAAAGACUUACCGAACAUUUCAGUGUAUGAUACCUGCGAGUACAACGCACUCAGACUCGAUGUACUCUGGCAACAGGAGUUAAGUAAAAACGGUCCCAACGCAGCGUCCUUUUCCAUGGUUGCAUGGAGAUUUGUGCGCACAAGAGUUUUUAUAUCAUGCCUUUUAUUGAGUUGUUCUCUUAUCUUCGGAUUUAUAAGCCCUACGAUAUUAAUGAGGAAGAUACUGGAGCACGUACAGUCUCCAGAGGAGGACUUUUGGGAUGGAUUCAAAUGGGUCGCGCUGCUGACACUGUGUGAUUCCCUGCGUGCAUUCUUUUUCACCUGGACAUGGAAUAUGAAUUACAAAACUGGAUUACGACUGAAGUCAGCUUGUACAGCUCUGUUGUACAAAAAGAUUAUUAGACUGAACAGUCUCGGCAAUAAAAGUACAGGAGAAGUGAUCAAUUUAUUCUGCAAUGACAGUCAAAGACUUUUUGAUGUCAUCAUUUACGGGCCGAUGAUUAUCAGCGGGCCGAUAGUCAUAAGUUUUGGUAUAAUUUACAUAUUGUCGUUGUUCAGUCCCAUCGCUUUAGUAGGAAUGAUAGCCUUCCUCUCGUUUUACCCGUGCCAGUACUUGAUCUCCCGCGCGACCGGAUACUUCCGCUCGAAAUCUGUAACUAUCACGGAUGCUCGGGUGCGGCUCAUGAAUGAAAUUCUAGAAUGCAUUAAAUUGAUCAAGAUGUAUUCCUGGGAGAAACACUUUAGCCAGAAACUUCUCGCCAUACGUAAGAAGGAAGAACAUUGGCUUCAUCAGACUGCGUAUUUUCAAAGCCUCAGCAUUUCUUUAACACCUGCUAUACCUGUGAUAUCCGCAAUCAUUACGUUCUUAGCGCAUGUCGCCUCUGGCAGUGGAUUAACGGCCGCUCAGGCUUUCCCAAUGACCACAUUAUUCGGAAAUUUGCUUAGACUGGCGCUUACGUCACUUAAGGAUACCACACGAUAUUUUAUCAGCGCUCUCAUAGCUCUUAGAAGAUUCAAGGUGUUUCCCUUCGUAUCGGUACUCAAUGCUCAAAUUCGUACCUCUUUCAUGUUUUUGCAAGUGGCCUUAGUUAAUAUCACUGCAGUAAAGAUAACUUUUGGCAGAAUAAAGAGCGUGUUGCUGCUGGACGAGUGCAAUAAUCAAGUAUCGAAGCCGAUUGUGAGAUCGCAAGCGGUUGCCAUCGCCAACGGUACUUUUGUUUGCGACAGCGUGAAGCUUCAAACGGACGCGUCGACUAACGACAAGAAGAAAAAAUCGACGCCGGCCACGGACAAUCCGCUGGAACUGGAGAGCCUGAAUCAAUCGACUCAACAAGCCAAACACGUCGAGGUUCUCAGCGAUAUUCAUUUCGGAGCGCCCAAGGGAAAGCUGGUCGGAAUCUGCGGUCACGUGGGCAGCGGCAAGUCCAGCCUGCUGCUGGCGGCUCUGGGACAACUCAAGAUGACGAAGGGACACAUCCUGCGGGAGGGCACCUGCGCCUACGUUAGUCAACAGGCGUGGAUCGUCAGCGGCACCUUCAAGGAAAACGUCCUGUUCGGCGAGGAGUUCGAUGCCAAGCGUUACUAUCACGCGAUCACGAUUUGCGACUUGAAGGAGGAUCUGAACAUGCUGCCCGGCGGCGACGACACUGAAAUCGGCGAGAGAGGAAUCAAUCUGUCCGGCGGGCAGAAGCAGAGAGUCGCGCUGGCACGAGCGUAUUACGCCAAUCGGGACGUUUACUUCCUCGAUGAUCCUUUGAGUGCGGUCGAUCCAUACGUCGGCUCGUAUAUAUUUCAGAAAUUGAUCGUCGAGGCUCUUGGGAACAAGUCUGUUCUAUUUGUGACACAUAAUAUCCAGUUUUUGAAGUGUUGCGACGAGAUCUAUAUGAUGAGCGAGGGCAAGAUUGUGGAGAAUGGAACCCACGAGGAGCUUAUGCGACUCGACAGGGAAUAUGCAUCGAUGGUGAAGAGCGGCACGGUUGCAGCGGAAGACAACUUGCCAGCUGGAAAAUCUACUGGAACAAUGCAGAAAAACAUCAGUAUCGAUGAAUCAAACUCGCAAAAGACUGAGCCUGGAGAGAAAAAAAACUACGGAAAGGAAAAGUCGUACAAAGUUGCAACUUUAACAGUGGCCGAAAAAGCUGAAACCGGAGCUGUCAAGUCGCACACUUAUCAUACGUAUGUACAAGCCACAGGUGGUUAUUUAGUCGCGAUUCUCGUGUUCUUUACGUUCUUUUUGAACGUAGGCAGCUCAGCGUUUAGCACCUGGUGGCUCGCCGUGUGGAUCAAGGCUGGCGGCGGCAAUGUGACUGUGCCGGGAAGUAACGAUACCGUAUACUCGGAGAACAUAAACGCCAAUCCUAACUUCUCGUAUUAUCAAAACGUAUACGGCGCGUGCAUCGCCGGUAUAUUAUUAACAAGUUUUAUUCGUGGCGUGGUCAUCAUGUUUGCCACGAUAAAAGCCUCGACCACAUUGCACAACACGUUUCUUCACAAGGUCAUCAAUUCCCCGUUGAAGUUCUUCGAGACCACUCCGAGCGGCAGAAUACAAAAUGUUUUCAGUCGAGACAUAGACGAGAUUGAUAAUUAUUUACCCAUCUCGAUAGAAAACAUGGUGCAAAAUAUUUUUACAUGUAGUUUUGCUAUUUUCUUUAUUUGCGGCAUAUUGCCCUGGUUUUCCAUACCGUUAUUUCUAUUCGGCGCAUUGUUCUUCUUUGUUAGCAAAAUGUUCAGAAUAGGCAUGAGGGACUUAAAGAGAAUGGAAAGCGUCUCGCGGUCUCCAGUUUUAAGUUUUGUCACGACAACAAUCCAAGGUUUGAACACGAUUCACGCAUUCCAAAAGGAGAAAAAUUUCAUAUACAGAUUCGAAGAGUUAUUCAAUGCGAACAACUUGUGCCAGUACCUGUGUCAAGCGGCGAUGAGAUGGUCUGCCGUGAGGUUGGACACAUUGGUGAUCGCCUCAUCCUGCAUAACCGCGUUACUUGUUAUUUCGUUUAAGAACGAAUUAUCACCCGCCUUUGCCGGUCUGGCUAUGGCGUACGCUACACAGAUGACCGGCGUUUUUCAAUAUACGGUCAGACUGAUGUCUGAGACAGAGGUGCGCUUUAUAAGCGUAGAAAGAAUCAGUUACUACCUCAAGACCUUGCAGAGAGAAGGCGCGAGCAAAACGGUCGCCGUUAAACCAGCGGAUGACUGGCCUUCUCGUGGCAAAAUAGAAUUUAAAGCUGUUCGAAUGAGAUACAGAGAAGAACUACCGCUCGUAUUGAUUGAUGUCUCGUUUAACAUAAAAGCUGGGGAGAAAAUAGGUAUCGUGGGUCGCACGGGAUCCGGCAAAAGCUCCGUAGUCGUGGCUUUAUUCCGAUUGGUCGAGAUUUGCGAGGGUAUCAUUAAAAUCGACGGUGUUGAUAUUUCAAAAUUAGAGUUGGAUACAUUGAGAAGUAGGCUGUCUAUCAUUCCUCAAGAUCCAAUUUUAUUCAGUGGAAGCAUAAGAUCGAAUUUGGACCCCUUUAAUCGGCACACCGAUUUGGAUAUUUGGAGCGCUCUUGAAAAGACUCAGAUGAAAAACAAGGUGUCGAUUAUGCCGGGAAAUCUUGAUGCUUCCGUUGGAUUUGGUGGCAAUAACUUAAGCGUCGGUGAAAGACAGCUGCUUUGUCUAACGAGAGCUUUAUUACACAGCACUAAAGUAUUGAUUCUGGAUGAAGCCACGGCCGCGGUCGAUCCGGAAACCGAAGCGGCAGUGCAGAACACCCUGCAGAAUGAAUUCGCGGAUUGCACCGUGCUUACGAUCGCUCAUCGUCUGCAAACGAUUGUUGCGUGCGAUCGUAUUCUCGUUAUGAGCGACGGCCUCACCAUUGCGAACAUAAUUCCUAUUAUGAUGCUGGGGAGGAAGCAGAGCCUCAAGGGGGAACCCGUCCUGGCCGAUUACGGUCCGGAGGAGUCCCUCAAUGAGAGCGCUGAUAUAGAGUGGGUCAACAAGCUGUGGGUGAGGAGGUUGAUGCGAAUUUGCGCCCUAGUCUCGUUGGCUUCCGUUUGCUUAAACACCCCGAAAACCUUUGAGAAAAUACCAUACCUUGAAUAUAUUAUCUUUACUUGCGAUCUAAUAGUCACAUUUCUGUUCACCGCCGAAAUGAUCGCCAAAAUGCACAUACGAGGGAUAUUGAAGAGGGACAAGUCUUACCUAAAGGACCAUUGGUGCCAAUUCGACGCGAGUAUGGUGAUCUUUCACUGGAUAUCUGUGAUUAUGCAAAUGUUCGAAAUGUUGGGUUUCCUCGUCAAGUUUAGUUACGCCUCGGUCAUGCGAGCACCGCGGCCGCUGAUUAUGAUACGCUUCCUCCGAGUCUUCCUCAAGUUUUCGAUGCCCAAAGCCAGGAUCAACCAGAUUUUCAAACGCUCGAGCCAGCAAAUCUACAACGUAACGCUUUUUUUCCUGUUCUUCAUGUCCCUUUACGGUCUUUUGGGUGUGCAAUUUUUUGGCGAGCUGAAAAACCACUGUGUGUUGAACUCGACCAAGUCGCGUUAUAUCACGCUCAACAGCCUGGCUGUUCCCGACACGUUCUGCUCCACUGAACCAGAAUCCGGAUACCAGUGCCCUGAAGGAAUGUCCUGCAUGAAGCUGGAGUUGUCCAAGUAUAUCAUAGGCUUCAAUGGAUUUGACGAAUUUGCCACGAGUAUCUUCACCGUGUACCAAGCGGCCUCUCAGGAAGGAUGGGUGUUCAUUAUGUAUCGUGCGAUCGACAGUCUACCGGCGUGGCGCGCGGUUUUCUACUUCAGCACGAUGAUAUUCUUCUUGGCCUGGUUGGUGAAGAAUGUCUUCAUUGCUGUUAUCACAGAGACGUUUAACGAAAUUCGGGUGCAGUUCCAGCAAAUGUGGGGAGUCAGAGGUCACAUUAGCAACAGUUCAGCUUCGCAGAUAUUAAUUGGGGAUGACAAUGGUUGGAAAUUAGUGCCAUUAGACGAGAAUAAGCACGGAGGUCUAGCCUCCCCAAUCUGUCAGUCUAUCCUCAGGUCGCCGCAGUUCCGCAUGGUGGUAAUGUGCGCCAUUUUGGCAAAUGGUAUCACCACUGCGACGAUGUGCUUCAAACAUGAUGAGAAACCGAGGAACACGUAUUACGACAAUUAUUAUUGGAUCGAGAUCGUUUUCACGAUACUGCUGGACUUGGAGACGCUGUUCAAGAUAUGGUGCCUGGGCUUCCGGAGUUACUAUAAGCAUUCGAUUCACAAGUUCGAACUGCUGCUUGCCAUUGGCACGACUAUACACAUUAUUCCGUUCUUCUAUCUCUCUGGAUUCACUUACUUUCAGGUUCUCAGAGUAGUCCGGCUUAUUAAAGCGUCACCGAUGUUAGAGGACUUUGUUUACAAGAUUUUCGGCCCUGGCAAGAAGCUCGGCAGCCUCAUUAUCUUUACCAUGUGCCUGCUGGUGAUAUCUUCCAGCAUUUCCAUGCAGCUCUUCUGCUUUCUCUGCGAUUUCACCAAGUUUGAAACAUUCCCCGAGGCGUUCAUGUCAAUGUUUCAAAUCCUCACGCAAGAAGCCUGGGUCGACGUCAUGGACGAGACCAUGCUGCGAACUCAUGAGACAAUGGCACCUCUGGUCGCAGUAUAUUUCAUUUUGUAUCAUCUCUUCGUCACAUUGAUCGUGUUGAGUCUCUUCGUCGCGGUGAUCCUUGACAAUCUUGAGCUGGAUGAGGACAUCAAAAAGUUAAAACAGUUAAAAUUUCGCGAACAAAGCGCCGAGAUAAAGGAGAGCCUGCCGUUUAGACUGAGGAUCUUCGAGAAGUUCCCGGACAGUCCGCAGAUGACGUGUCUUCAUAAAGUGCCAUCGGACUUCAAUCUGCCAAAGGUGCGCGAGAGCUUUAUGCGACAAUUCGUACUGGAAGUGGAAGAUGAGGAAAAUGAAGGCGUCAAAAGGAUUAACGAGACCUUUGAUUCGAAAAUAGUGUAUAGAAAACAACGUCCUGUGAAAAUCUUAAACAAUCCGCCGAAGGUUAGAAGCGUCGUCACUAAUCUGAAGAAAGCGGCUGUCAUUUACAUCAUAAAUGAUUCCAAUAAUCAGAGGCUUCUCUUGGGGGACUCUGCUAUGAUCCCAGUACCAGGAAAAGGACUUCUGAAACCACAGGGUACCGUCAGCAGCGCCAAGCAGCUACGCAUCGACCAAAAAAAAUCAAUUAGAAGGAGUGUUCGAAGCGGAUCGAUCAAGCUCAAACAGACGUACGAGCAUCUUGUGGAGAACGGUGAUAUAGGCGGAAUAAACAGAGUCAGUUCGUCGCGCAGCAGGCCGCACGACUUAGAUAUCAAAUUGUUACAAGCCAAGAGGCAGCAGGCGGAAAUGCGAAGGAAUCAACGCGAAGAUGAUUUACGAGAAAAUCAUCCGUUUUUCGAUACGCCGCUGUUCGCUGUACCUCGCGAGAGUAAGUUUCGGAAAUAUUGCCAGUUAUUCGUCUACGCAAGAUACGAUGCGAGAUUGAAGGAUCCUUUAACAGGCAAGGAGAGGAAAGUGCAAUACAAGAGUCUGCACAAUUUUCUCGGUUUAGUGACCUAUCUCGACUGGAUAAUGAUAUUUAUCACGACGCUGUCGUGUAUCUCGAUGAUGUUCGAGACGCCGCGAUAUCGCGUAAUGGAAGUGCCGGCGCUACAGAUCACCGAAUACUGUUUCGUUAUCUGUAUGAGUAUUGAGCUGGCACUCAAGAUUCUGGCGGAUGGCUUAUUUUUCACGCCCAAGGCCUACAUCAAGGAUGUCGCCUCUGUAUUGGACGUCUUUAUUUACAUUGUAAGUCUCGUGUUUUUAUGCUGGAUGCCGAAAAGCGUGCCACCGAAUUCUGGGGCGCAGCUGUUGAUGAUAUUACGAUGCGUCAGACCGUUAAGAAUCUUCACUCUUGUACCACAUAUGAGAAAAGUCGUUUACGAGCUUUGCAGAGGAUUCAAGGAAAUUCUGCUGGUAUCGACGUUACUGAUCCUGCUAAUGUUUGUGUUCGCGAGUUACGGCGUGCAACUAUACGGCGGUCGAUUAGCGAGAUGCAAUGACCCGACGGUCACGAAACGCGAGGACUGCGUCGGUGUGUUCAUGAGGAGGGUGUUCGUGACGAAGAUGAAACUGCGCCCGGGGCAAAACGAGAGUUAUCCGUCCAUAUUAGUACCGCGCGUUUGGGCUAACCCUAAAAGAUUUAACUUUGACAAUAUUGGCGAUGCGAUGAUGGCUCUGUUUGAAGUGCUUUCUUUCAAAGGCUGGCUUGACGUACGGGAUGUUCUUAUCAAGUCUCUUGGUCCUAUUCACGCAAUCUACAUACACAUUUAUAUUUUCCUCGGUUGCAUGAUCGGCUUGACGUUGUUUGUGGGUGUCGUAAUCGCGAAUUACUCUGAGAACAAAGGCACCGCUCUGCUCACAGUCGAUCAGAGGCGAUGGUGUGACUUGAAGAAACGUUUGAAGAUCGCCCAGCCACUGCACUUACCGCCCAGACCGGAUGGCAAGAAGUUUCGGGCUUUUAUCUACGACAUCACACAGAACAUUUAUUUCAAACGAUUCAUCGCCGUGAUGGUGCUGAUAAAUAGCGCCCUACUGUGCGUCUCUUGGAGAAUCGAGGAGCAACACACGGAAGCUCUGGCUACGGUCUCCACGAUUCUGACACUGGUCUUCCUCGUGGAAGUAGUCAUGAAAAUCAUUGCUUUUACACCACGUGGCUAUUGGCAGUCCAGAAGAAACAGAUAUGAUUUGCUCGUGACAGUCGUGGGCGUUAUCUGGAUCAUCGUACACUGCACGAUGAAGAACGAUCUGUCCUACGUGAUCGGAUUUAUGGUUGUGAUCCUUAGGUUCUUCACCAUCACCGGCAAACAUACCACCCUCAAGAUGCUAAUGCUGACGGUCGGUGUGUCCGUUUGCAAGAGCUUCUUCAUCAUAUUCGGCAUGUUUCUCCUUGUCUUCUUUUACGCAUUAGCCGGCACCAUAAUUUUCGGCACCGUCAAGUACGGAGAAGGCAUAGGAAGGCGUGCUAAUUUCGAGUCACCAGUUACCGGGGUGGCGAUGCUCUUUCGCAUAGUGACGGGAGAGGACUGGAACAAAAUUAUGCACGAUUGCAUGGUACAACCACCCUAUUGCACGCCGGCGGAUAAUUACUGGGAAACGGACUGCGGCAAUUUCCACGCUUCUCUAAUUUAUUUUUGUACCUUCUACGUCAUCAUCACUUACAUCGUCUUGAAUCUCUUAGUGGCCAUCAUCAUGGAGAACUUCUCUCUAUUUUAUUCGAAUGAAGAGGACGCGUUAUUGUCGUAUGCCGACAUAAGGAACUUCCAGAACACGUGGAACGUCGUCGAUAACCAUCAGAAAGGUGUUAUACCAGUGAAGCGGGUCAAGUUUAUCUUGCGGUUGUUGAAGGGUAGAUUGGAGACCGAUCCGCAAAAGGAUCGUUUACUCUUCAAAUACAUGUGUUACGAGCUGGAACGAUUGCACAAUGGCGAAGACGUUACCUUCCACGACGUUAUUAACAUGUUAUCGUACCGUUCAGUGGACAUAAGGAAAGCGCUUCAAUUAGAGGAACUGCUCGCGCGAGAGGAGUUUGAGUACAUAAUCGAAGAGGAAGUAGCCAAGCAAACUAUUAGAACUUGGCUGCAGGGCUGCCUGAAAAAAAUACGAGCGAAGCAGCAGAACAGUCUCAUCGCCGGGCUUCGCGCUACAAAUAACGCAGCUGCGACGGCUCAAGAUCAGGAUAAGGGUAAGGAGGAAAAAGGCAAGGAAAUUAGCGUCGAUCGCGAAGAAGAGACUGAAACAAAGGAUGCCGAAGCUCCAAAACACAGGACCAAGAAGCCGUUGGUGCUUCCAAGAUCGGACAGCAUAGGAAGUGCCUCGGGAAGAAAAUAUCUGGCUCCGACGUUGUCGGACCCCGCGUCCGUUCGAUCCGAGAAGGAUAAGAUCGCGGUGUCGAAGAAGAGAAAUAGUAGACCGCCAUCGAUGGUGAAAAAUAAUUUGCCCCAUCUGACAGAAAGUACGGAGCAAAGCAGACAGCAGAGGGAGGCGUUGAACAAUAAAACAACUGCGCCUAAAGUUUCUAGUGUCAUGUUGGAGGUUCGAGAAUGGUGGAAGGAACAAUUAGCCUACAGCAGCGAAUCCAGCGAAGACGAAGUCUGAACUUUCGAAAUCGUCAAGUUAUGGAAUUUUAAACGAUUGUAACAAAUUGAGUGAAGCGGGGAUUCCUACUUUUAGCAGUCGUAAGAAAUGAAUUCUCAGCCUAAGGACUUUACAUUGAGUAGAGAAAAAGAUCUGAGGAAGAAACGCGGUAUGUGCCUAAUAAUUUUAAUUGCUCGCCCGAGCUCGAGGAACUUUAACGCGUUGAGCUUCGCCGUUUCACAAUUCGCCAAUUUUUAUCGCUGAGAACUACAUUAAUAUUUUGCUACGCCGAAAGCAGUGUGCACAGAGCGGGGCUAUAACGUGUUCAAAUCUUUCGUUACACGUUGUUCGCGAAGCUCACCGUGUUAGACGAAUCGAUUUCCUAUAAGAAGAGAGAAUUAUAAUCAUCGAAAUCAUCGAAGUACACACACUCGCGACAUUUCGUAUCAUAUCGAAACGUCACUGCCGUCGAAUAGUUCGCCCACAUGAAAAAUGCUUGAAUCCAACAUCAAUUUGUUCGAAAAUUUCGAUGUGUUAUUGGUAGAGAAUUUUCUGUGCAUCGCUCGCGUACCGUCAUUUAUUCAUCAUCGUGAUUCAACCAUUUGUUAAAGCAAUAUUUCGAGGUAGCUGUAAUUGUAGUAAAUUUUGUACAACACGAAAUUCCAACAAAUAAUCAUCGCGCGAGUGAUAGGUAAAUCGGUGGUGUUGUUAAGAGUAACUGUGAGUACAAUUAGAGCGCAGGACGCGAUCGUAGAUAUUUUUGCCGUGAAGAAGGUCCUGAUUCUGUGUAAAAAAAAAAACAAAAAAAAACCGUUAGGACGUCGCAGAUCGUCGAUUCUUUCCUUCUUACAACAAGAAAUACGUCCCGAAGGCCUGUACUGUAGAUCUACAGUGAUUGAUCUUGAGAGUUGUAAAAAAUUUUAGCGCACGAUCGGUGAUGUUACAUUACCUCUGUUACAACUAGCAGUAACACCGUUACGGAUGUCUUUAAUAAGCAAGACGGUUGUACAGUCGAAGAAAGAGAGAGAGAGAGAGAGCGAGAGAGCGAGUUAGUUGGCCAAGGAUGUAAACUUAUUUUAAAACGAGAAUUGUGUCGAUUAUUGUAUAUGUUGAAGAUAUGAGUGGUAAGCGGAGCAUUUAUACGACUGCCGUAAAUUUUUGUAAUAAAGGCGAUGUGCGAAAAUAAAUUCGUAAGACGAGCCUGUAGCGGAAAACGUGAUUGAUGUUAGUGCAAUAGUACGCAUACGCACACGCACAAUGGGUCGAUAUGUUAUACAUAUACAUAUAUUUACUGAGAGGGGUGGAAAGCGGAUUUAGCGUUGUGAGCCGUAUUACGUUUACAUCACUGUAAUGAAUGGUGAUGAUUGUUGCUAGUUUAUGUGCCAAUGUGCUGUCUUAUCGAGUAUAGGGCAAAUAAAUGUUGUUAGAUAUCAUUA